ACCGGGAGCGCCCAGGGCUGCCCGGCAGCGGAAGGCGGCGGGGCCUGACGCCAGAUCCGGGGCGGUGUCGGAAGCGGCGGCUUGUUGUGGUGGGGCCGACAUGGUGUGCGAGAAGUGUGAGAAGAAGCUUGGUACGGUGAUCACUCCUGACACAUGGAAAGAUGGUGCAAGAAACACUACAGAAAGCGGCGGCCGCAAAUUAAAUGAAAACAAGGCAUUGACCUCCAAAAAGGCAAGGUUUGAUCCUUACGGAAAGAACAAGUUUGCAAUAUGUCGGAUCUGUAAGAGUUCUGUCCAUCAGCCAGGGUCUCACUAUUGUCAAGGAUGUGCCUAUAAAAAGGGCAUCUGCUCAAUGUGUGGCAAGAAGGUCUUGGAUACGAAGAACUACAAGCAAACUUCAGUCUAAUUGUAUUGAGUAGUCUUUUUAUGAACUUUAACUUCUGUGUCCUUGUACAGUAACUUUUCCCUAAAAUAAUUUGUGAAUAUUGCUUUCUGGAAGAUAAUGCAGUUUCUUGGAAUGAGAUAAGAGGUAAAGACAGCCUGAUUGUUUGCCCAAAAAUGUACAUAAUAUUUGAUUCUUGUUUUAGCACUAAUGUUAACUGAUAUUGAAAGCCAAUGGUUUGCAGCAACUGAUACAGCUCAAAGGGAAUGAGAGGAUCCUAGUGGAUAGGUCGAAACUAUAUUACCCUCAUAACAGAGAUUUUUGAGAUUAACACUUUUAUUCUUUUGGCUAUCACAAGUCUUCUGCUUGUUUCAUAGUUAUAUGUCAUAGAUGUAUAAAAUAUGAGCUUGUAUCACCUCGUUAAAAUAUCUUCAUUUGGUUCUAUGCCUAUAAGUAUUUAUAAUUACUCUCAGCUCAAACUGUUACAUCCUUGCUCUUCAGAUCUUAAUGCAAUUGUCCUGUUGAAUUUUGUUUCUGCCUACAGUACAGUUGGUUAAAUCACAAACUGUUAAACUACUGAAAUCUA